GUUUUAUUCAUCUGCAGCUCACAUGGAGGUACAACAUGAUGGUCCUUCCAACGGAACACUUUACCGCUACUAGGCUGCUGUCAUCAGCUGCAGCCCUGAAUUUUCCUUUCUCAGCUGCAGUUAAAUACAGCAUCCUUGCUUUGUCCGUCUCUCUUCUCCUUCUGGCACUGGGAAUUUUGGUCUGGCAGGCCUUCAGAUGCUUUCGAAGUCAACACACCACACGCAGUCUGCUUGAAGCAGCGAAUGGGGAGUUGCUUUACGCAAAUGACGAAUCUCAAGCAUCACGACAAUACAAAGGAAUCCCAACUAUUAAGGUGGAAGAUUUUGAUGAGGAAGUCUCGUCUGAGUCCUCUUUGGGAUCCAGCCAGCCAGCAGCAGAUAAUAAAGUCAAUGGAUGGCUCCACUACUCUGUGUACUAUGACCAGCAGUACCGCCGGCUUGUGGUCACAGUCUUGAAAGUGGAGGGGCUUCAGCAAAAAAAACUGAUCAGCAGCCUCCGGCUGUUUGUCCAAUUAAAGCUUCUGUGGAAAGGAUCUGAUAAGAGGGAGCGUUGCAUCGAUGAUGGGGUUGAAGGGACACCUCCUCCCCUGUGCAAAGUGCUGCAGAAAUGGAGGACUCGCACUGUGAAAGGCACCUGUAACCCUUUGUUUGGAGACCAGUUCAGCUGUAUUCUGCAAGAUGAAAAGGACCUGGAUCACUUAAACCUGAGGAUGGAGGUAAAAGACUAUGAUAAAUACUCAAGACACACAACAUUGGGAGAUGUGAGGACUUCUUUAGGACAAUUCAACAUUUCCUACCCUUUGGAGCUCAAGGGAAAGCUUCACACUCCCAGGAAGGAUCUUGUAGGAGAAGUGCUUUUGUCACUCAAGUUUCUCCCCAUCUCUCAAAGACUUGAGGUUGGAGUGUUAAAGGUCCAAACAGUCCAGAAGGAGUCACACUUGGGCGCAGCUCUGUAUGCCAGGGUCAGCGUGCAGUGCAAAAGCUGCAAGCUGAAGUACCAGAAAACCUGCGCAAUGGAAUGUGGGACAGUGACCGUUUUCAAUGAGGUUUUUGUAUUCUGCUUACCAGAUUUUGCUAUGCAAGACUGUAAAAUAAUGGUCUCUGUUUUUGAGACUCACUCAAGUAAGAAACCCUCCAAACAACUGAUUGGACAGUUGAUGGUGAAGAAGGACAAACAUUCAGAAGACAAGCACUGGAGUCUUAUGAUGUUCUCAGCCCACCAGCCAAUAGCAAGAUGGCAUGAUCUACUUAUCUGAGUUAUGUCUAAACAACUUCUGGAUCCCUUUAUUACUUUUUUACAUUCAACAGGUGGGGCUUAAACACACUUUUAUUUUACAACAAAUUACUAUCGCCGCAUUUGUUCUCAUUAACAACAUUCUCAACAUGGCAACAAUAUGGAAAGCAUUGUUUGUGUAGACCAGGGGUGCCCACACUUUUUCUGCAGGCGAGCUACUUUUCAAUUGACCAACUCGAGGGGAUCUACCUCAUUUAUAUAUAUCACUUAUAUUUAUUUAUUCAUGAAAGAGACAUUUUUGUAAACAAGUUAAAUGUGUUUAAUGAUAAUACAAGCAUGUGUAACACAUAUAGAUGUCUUUCUUUCACAAAGACAAGAAUAUAAGUUGGUGUAUUACCUGAUUCUGAUGACUUGCAUUGAUUGGAAUCAGACAGUAAUGAUGAUAACGCCCACAUUUUCAAAUGGAGGAGAAAAAAAGUUGUCCUUUCUGUACAAUACCACAUGAAAGUGGUUGGUUUUUGGCAUCUAAUUCAUCCAGCUUCCAUACACUUUACAAGAAAAACAUUGGCGGCAAAUUCCGUAGCUUGCUUGAUUGACGAUCACGGCACCCGAGGGUCUUGUGAGAUGAUGCUGGCUGCUGCCAGU